UUUAGUUAUUUCCAUAUUCUAGUGGUUGGGAGCAAAGGUAUUCAAGCCAUAUGCUUGAAUAAUUAAUUCAAAAGUAAUGAAGAUCAAUUGGAAGUUGUAUCUUCAAGACAUUUACAUUUAUAGACCAUACUGAUGUUUUGUGUUCCAUUCAAAUUAUUCCUUAUAUUCUGUUUUCUUGGUCUUAAAAAGCAUAAAAUUGAUCUUCAUAAAACCUGCAGAAACUCUCUAUAAUAUUUGUGUUCAAGCAGUAAUUAACCAUGUAAUCCAUGACAAAUGCCUUACUGAUCUUAGGAGAAACUGCUUCAAAAGAGCGAUUGGUUGCAUAUGGUGUGUAUGUCAUCGUUUCAUUGGCUGAACAGGUGCACUAUUGCACCCAGUUUCAUAUGACUGCACCUGCUCUCGCCCUACCUGUUUGACCUGACUUGAGCGCACCUAAAGUCACGCCCACUUCCCCCAGGUCAGCCACUGCAUAGAGAAGGGGAACUUACAUUCUUAGGUUUCCUUGGAAUUGGUUGGGAUUUUGACUCAUGCAGCACUAGCACUAAAAUCGAUUAGUGAAGGAAGAUCUGCUUACAGGAGAGACAAUAUGGGGUCUGAUGAGGCCUACAACUUUGUUUUCAAAGUGGUUCUUAUUGGAGAAUCUGGCGUUGGCAAGAGCAACUUGCUGUCACGGUUCACCAAGAAUGAGUUUAAUCAUGACAGCCGGACGACCAUCGGAGUGGAGUUCAGCACAAGAACUGUGCAGCUAAACGGUCUCACCAUCAAAGCUCAGAUCUGGGACACUGCCGGACUGGAGCGGUACCGGGCCAUCACUUCUGCAUAUUAUCGAGGAGCGGUUGGAGCUCUACUAGUCUAUGACAUUUCAAAGCACUUGACGUAUGAAAGUGUCGAGCGCUGGCUGAAGGAGCUCUAUGAUCACGCAGAUCCUCAUAUCGUAGUGAUGCUUGUGGGCAACAAAACGGACCUGUCAGCAGUACGAUCUGUUCCAACAGCGGACGCAAAGGACUUUGCAGAAAAGAAUGAUCUUCUGUUCAUGGAAACCUCUGCUUUGGAGUCAGUAAACGUCGAGGCAGCGUUCAACACUGUGCUUACAGAAAUCCAUAAAAAGGUGAGCAGCAAAGAAGUGACCCGAGGCUCUAUCAAUGCUGUGACAUUAUCCCAGCCUAAAGCUCCAGCAGAAGACGCACAGGAGGAAAAGCAGGCCUGCUGUAAGAACCUGUGAAAGAACAUAUCGAAUAGAAGGACCUUAUGAGGGUCCUAAUGGAGUUGUGAAUUCAGCUUGUACAGUAGAGUUAUCAUUGAGAAAGAACGAGUAUGAUAAAAAACAAAAGGAAAUCCAUUUCAUUGACUGACAGCCAUAUUUGUAUUGUUAAAUAUUAUGUAACAAUUAAAAGGCAUUUUAAUGUUUGUCAGGUUUGACAAGGAUUAAUGUCAAUUUUAAUUAAUUUCAAUGUUAAAUGUUCCCUCUCAGUAGGAUAUUUUUGUUUGUAUUAUUUAUGAAAUGUCAUGCCAAACCUGUCUUUCUUUCUUUCUUUCUUUUUGAAUAUACUUGCAUAUAUUCACUUAACAUAAUUUUUUAUCCAAAGGGACUUACAAAUGAGGAAUACAACAAGCUUUUCAUCUUACUCAAGUUAUUAAGAUCAAUAGAUGCUGGACAAAUAACCUUAUCACUUUAAUUAGCGUAAGAUGGAGGAAAGAACAUAUUUUUUGAUUUACAUGUUCAUCCAGACUGUUUAGUUUUUAAUUUGAUUUAUUCAACACGCCUAAUGAAGAUAAUUGAAAACACACACACACACGCGCGCACACACAUAUGGUAAAGAUUUUUUUAAAAUUAUUAUUUAAAACUAAUCAGCACGAAUGUAAUAUUUUGUGCUAUUAAAAUCUAUAUAUAAAAGAUUUAUAAGCAAAGUGUUGAUUUAUAUCUUUAUAAAUGAAUGCUGAUGCUGCAGGUAUUAGGGUAGCGUGGGAGGAAAUGCCCCCCCUACUCUUUUUCCCAAAAUAACCACUAGAUAAGUCAAGAUACAUUUUUGUUGUAAAUAUGGGCUACGUUGACAAGAGUGAUGUAGAAAUAUUCAGCAUGAAGCUUACACUGGUGAUGAACCUGAGAGAAAACGGAUUUCACAGUAAGUGAUCUCAUUUUCGGCAAAAAGUGUUUUAAAGCUUGUUGUUUUGUAGAACAUCACAGUUAUAUAUGAUAUGAGAAUA